AUGUCUGGCGAACCGGUGGAAAAGGUCCCCUCGAUGGACGUGCGAGCGGCCAGCUCGAGCGAUGGAUCUGAGCAUUCCAAGAAGAAUGACAAUGGCAUUGUGCUGGUUCCCCAGCCUAGCGAUGAUCCAGAAGAUCCCCUCAACUGGUCCACUAAAAGGAAGCUGAUCAUCUUCGCAUCCAUCUGCUUGGCGGGCUUUGCUGCCCAGAUGUCCCCCAAUUCCAAUCAACUCACUUUCGUGUACCAAGUCCCGGCCUACCACAAAACCCAACUUGACCUGCUGAACUCGGUGGCGGCCGGUCUGGCCGGAUGGGUAGCCGGACCCUUCUUCAUCAUCCCCUUUGUGGCCGUCAUCGGUCGCAGCGCCGUCGUGCUAUGGAGUCUGGUGGGCAUCUUCGCCUGCCAGAUCUGGGCCGCCGAGAUGACCGGCCCGAACGACUAUAUCUCGUUUACCAUCUCGCGACUGUUCGCCGGUCUGUUCGGUGGUAUCCCCGCGAUCCUGGGUAGUGGGUAUAUCAUGGACAUGUUCUUCCUGCAUCAGCGUGGCAAGGCAUUUGCCAUCUUUGAAGUGUUGAUCAUCUUCGCCGUCGUGGGUGGCGGUACGCUGGGUGGCUUCAUUGCUGAGCACAAGCCCUGGAACUAUGUCUUUUGGUGGACCCUGGGGCCUGUCGGGGGUGCUAUCCUGGCUGUGUUCUUCUUUGUCGAGGACACGACGUUCUCGCGUGAUGCGAGCACGCCGGGUCGUCCGCCCUUGCCUAAGGGCUGGUUGGCCAACCGUAUCGCCACUUUCUUCCCUGGUGUCAAGACGACGCCGUCGAACAAGGGCUCUGAAUUCGUCCGCCGCGCCAUCAUCCCCCUCCAAGUCACCUUCUCCCCCAUCACCCUCCUCACGGGAACCUACAUCUUCAUCGCCCUCGGCCUUCCCAUCAUGCAAGCGUCCACGCUCGCCACCUUCCUCGAACCCCCCGUCGAAGCCGGCGGCUACGGGUUCUCUUCCCUCCAAAUGGCCUUCUUCACCAUGACCGCCUGGGUCGGGAUCAUCGGCGCACAAGUCUUCGGCUUCUUCUUCAAUGACAAGAUCCCGCUCUGGUUGGCCCGUCGUCGCGGCGGAACCUGGCACACAGAAUACCGUCUCGCCAACACGCUUCUCCCCAGCAUAAUCCUCCCCAUCGGACUCGGCAUCUACGGCGCCGCGCUGGAAUACCAUCUUCACUUCAUGGUGUUAGCGCUGGGAUCGUUCCUGAUCUGGUUCGGGGCAUUGCUUGCCCUCCCAGUGUGUUAUAACUAUAUCAUCGAGUGUUUCCUGCAUAACCCCGUCGAGGCAUCUGUGUCGUUGAAUGCGUACCGGGUUAGCUUUGGACUCAUGUCGGUGUUUAUUGUGACGCAGUGGCAGGAUGCUGUUGGCGUUGGUUGGAUGUGGGGUAUGGGUGCUUUCUUGAUUGUGUUUGUUGAUAUUAUUAUGGCGGGGAUCGUGUUGAAGGGACAUUUGGUUAGGCAGUGGACGAAGGGACUGAGUGAGGAGAUUGGGGUUACGGAGGAUGGGGCUAUGAUUAGUUCGAGGGCGGCGGGUGUUUGA